GUCGACGUCACAACCAGGAAGUGGAUACGGAAAUACUCACCAAACGGCUACAGGUGUAGUCUUCAGGCAGGACUUGUCUGUCACAAACCAUAUCUUCUCAGUCAACAUGUUGAAGGCUGUUAUUUUAAUUGGAGGCCCUCAGAAAGGCACAAGGUUCAGGCCGCUGUCAUUUGAGGUGCCCAAACCCUUGUUUCCAGUAGCAGGUGUACCCAUGCUGCAGCAUCACAUUGAAGCAUGUGCCAAGGUACCGAAUAUGAAGGAGAUUUUGCUCAUCGGCUUUUAUCAGCCAAAUGAAGAACUGACCAGAUUCCUGUUUAAUGCACAGCAGGAGUUCAAAAUUUCCAUCAGGUAUUUGCAGGAGUAUGCAGCCCUGGGCACUGGAGGGGGCAUCUAUCACUUCAGAGAUCAGAUUGUCUCCGGCAGUCCAGAGGCUUUCUUUGUUCUGAAUGCUGAUGUUUGCUCAGCGUUUCCUCUCGCAGAGAUGCUCAGCUUCCAGAAGGAACAUGGAGAACCAAACAGCUUUGUUAUCCUUGGGACAACGGCAAACAGAAAGCAAUCCAUGAAUUACGGCUGUAUUGUUGAAAAUGAGGAAACAAAUGAGGUCUUGCAUUAUGUGGAAAAGCCGAGCACAUUUGUGAGCGACAUCAUAAACUGCGGCAUAUACCUCUUUAACCCCGAAAUCUUCCAGCAUAUCGGCGCCGUCUUCCAGAAGAACCAGCAGGACAUGCUGUUAUAUCCAUAUGAUGGAGAGGAGCCAACCAACGGCUGGCACCGAGCAGAGGCCAUCAGGCUGGAGCAGGACAUUUUCACUGCCCUGGCAGGGCAGGGCAAACUCUACGUGUAUAAAACCCUCAGCUUCUGGAGCCAGAUUAAAUCCGCAGGAUCUGCAAUUUAUGCCAGUCGGUUGUACCUCAACCAGUAUCACACAACUCACCCUGAAAGAUUGGCUUCAAAUAAGGAGGGAGGUCCCAAAAUAAGUGGUAAUGUCUAUAUUCACCCUACAGCCAACAUUGACCCCACUGCUAUGUUGGGUCCUAAUGUCUCCAUUGGCACUGGAGUGACAAUUGGUGCUGGGGUCAGAGUUCGAGAAUCCGUCAUCCUUCAUGGUGCAACUCUACAGGAUCACUGCUGUGUUUUGAACAGCAUUGUGGGAUGGGACAGCACCAUUGGCAAGUGGGCAAGAGUAGAAGGAACGCCAAGUGACCCAAACCCCAAUGAUCCUUUUGCAAAGAUUGACAGCGAGACCCUCUUCAGAGACGGAAAACUCACACCCUCCAUUACUAUUCUUGGUUGUAACGUGACCAUCCCUUCCGAGGUGAUAAUACUCAACUCGAUUGUCCUCCCGCACAAAGACCUCAACCGCAGCUUCAAAAACCAAAUUAUUCUCUAGUUAAUCUUCCUCAAGCUUCUGUCCACUUACUGUCACCGAUGAAGGAUGCUGCUGGACGCACACCGGCACUGCCUCUGAGUUACUGUAUAUAAGAUGUCAAAAAUUAAGAUAGGGGACAUUCAUUAAAUAGUUUUGAAAGAUAGAUUUUUAUAUAUUUGUCCUCGAGCCUUUAUGCAUCAUUGGGUGUCAGCAACGUUCGAGAGAGGCUAAUCACGCAUGUUGAUUCACCUUGAAAAGUGCUGUCAUGCCAGAGGUUUAUAUUGGUUUUUUAUUAACUUUACCGAACUGUAAAAUUACUGCAGACACUAGUGUAAUAUAUUUGGUUGGAUGUAAUAUGAUGUUAAAAAAAAAGUUUAUAGACAACCAUGCUGUUUUCUCAAGGGCACCCUUGAUAAACUUGAGACUUGUUACUUCAGCAUGAGAAGAGGAAUUAUUAGAAAAUAAAAAUCCCUGGCUACUGACUGUGGUUAAUUUUUAGAGGUGAUUAUUUGUGUGGGGCUCUGAUUAAAACCGUUUAGCAUCUUCAUUGUUUGUCUCAAAAAUUGACUGCCAUCAAAAUAAAUCAGCGGGCUUGAGAUUUACAUUGCAAUCAAGUGAUGUUGCCUUUUAAAAUGUGAACUUAGCAGGGGGCCUUGAGACUCUGCCAUAUAAGCAGCAGAUACUUAAAUUGUGCAUCCGCAAUCACUGGAGGAACUGUUCCAAUUUAUGGAUACAGCACAUUAACAUUUACUUAUUAAGCCCUCGAGCACUCAUGAUCACUUCAGCACUUUUGUUCCAAUUAUUGCAAAGAGAGUGUCUAUUAAGGAGCGAUGUAAAUUGUGAUACUGGAACUGCAGUAUAAUAUAUUUUAAUCAAGUCUCCUCACAAACUACCCUCCAGUGAAAGCGGAAAAAACAAGUUUAAGUACAUUUUUUUUAAUAUAGUUUAUUUCAGGUUUUAUAUGUAGGUGCCUGUGCUUUCCAUUGUUGAUUCAGGUGCCUUAGAGCUUCCAGUAAAACUGCCUCAUGCCAGUCGAGGGCCCCUCAUUACACUGUUUUUACCCUCUUGGUGGGAUGUUCAGUAAUUGGGCUUAAACCCCUGAUGCUCUUCACAUAAAAGGCAAUCCUAAAAUUCAUUAGAUCAGAUAGUGUUUUUUAGAUUUUGGCUUCUCUGCUCCUUUAGUUUUUGUGACAGCCUUUGUUGCCUUUGUGGGGUUUUUGAAAAGGUUGUUGUCUUUGAUUUCUUAAUUUUAGGUUAUGUUACAUUCAUUGUUAUCGCCUGACAACAUUUAGAGGUUUACUGAUACCAUUAUUGAUUAAUAGUAUAAUUUGACAUAAAAAUGUGUUAAAUGAC